CAUAGAUCUCUCUAACAAUGCCUUUUCGAAAGACUUACCAACGAGUCUAUUUCAACAUUUGAUAGGCAUGACGACUAUUGAUCAAACAAUGAAGGCACCAAGUUCUAAAGGAAGUCGAGUAUACUACCAAGAUUCGGUAGUUGUUGUAACAAAGGGAUUGAAGCUUGAAGUUGUGAAAAUUUUGUCUUUGUACACAAUUAUUGAUCUUUCAAACAAUAAAUUUGAAGGACAUAUUCCUAGUGUUCUAGGAGAGCUCAUUGCGAUUCGUGUACUUAAUUUAUCUCAUAAUGGAUUGCAAGGCAAUAUACCACCAUCACUUGGAAGUUUAUCUGUAGUGGAAUCAAUGGACAUUUCGUUUAACCAGCUUUCGGGAGAGAUACCACAACAACUUGCUUCUCUUACGUUUCUUGAAUGCUUAAAUCUCUCCCACAAUUAUCUCCAAGGAUGCAUCCCUCAAGGACCUCAAUUUCUUACCUUUGAGAACAAUUCAUAUGAAGGUAAUGAUGGAUUACGUGGAUUCCCCAUUUCAAAAGGUUGUGGCAAUGAUCCUGUGUCAGAGACAAACUAUACAGUGUCUGCGCUAGAAGAUCAAGAAAGAAAUUCUGAAUUUUUCAAUGAUUUUUGGAAAGCAGCUCUGAUGGGCUAUGGCAGUGGACUAUGUAUUGGAUUAUCCAUAAUAUAUUUCUUGAUCUCGACUGGAAAUCUAAGAUGGCUUGCAAGAAUCAUUGAAGAACUGGAACACAAAAUUAUCAUGCAAAGGAGAAAGAAGCAGAGAGGUCAAAGGAAUUACAGAAGAAGAAAUAAUCGCAUCUACACAAGUUACCAACAAAGAAGGAUUUGGUUUCAGAACUUCAGCUUUUUCAUAUGCCAAGAAUAAGAAGACAUUGCCGUAAUGGAUUUGGUUCUUCCUAUGUUGCAACUUAUGAUGUUGUAUUUGAUUUUUAGUUUUAUAAGCUUUUCUUCAGUUGGGAAAAUGUAUUAUUAUGACUUUUGAUGAUAUGCAAUAUAUAAAUGUUGUGUGUAUUGAAUGAUGUGUAUGCAUUUCUCGGAUCAAUAAUACUCACCUCAAAGAAUCUUAGAGAGCUGAAUGAAUGGAGGAAGAUAUUUAGCGUGCGAUAGAAGAAAGAGAUCUAACAAAGAAGAAUACGUAACAACUUUGGGCGUAACUGGUUAACUCACACCCCAAAGCUAGCU